ACCAAAAGAAAAGGAUCCACUCAAAAAUUGACAAAAGCAGCAACGAACAAGAUUUUUUAAUUUGUUUGUUUGGCAGUGACGAAAAGAAUUGGUGUAGGCUGGCGAAUAGAAGAGACCCAGCAGAGGAGGAGGCGCGAGGAAGCCGUCUUCUGGUGUUCCUUUCGUACUUGGUGGAGUUUUAAGCCAGGUCGUAGAACAAGAAGAAGAAGGACCAGUGAUGGCGUCUAGAGCUAUGGUUCCUCAGCAUGAAAACAAUGGGGAAGGAAAGCAGAUGCAUGCAAAAGCAGAUGGAAGGAACCGAAGAGUUCUUCAAGACAUUGGCAAUUUUGUCGAUGAACGAGCAGCACAAGGAAAGAAACCAAUCACUGAAGGAGCUGUGAGAGGACCCCAAAGGAAGGUAGUUGACAAACCAAAACCCGAGGAUAUGAUCGUAAUAAGCUCCGACGAAAAACCUGAGAAAAGUGAAGUUGUUAGCAAAAGACAAGGGUCUUCAAGGAAGCAAGUCAAAACCCUCACUUCUAUACUCUCUGCUCGAAGCAAGGCUAUUUGUGGACUUAUGAAUAAGCUUAAUAUUUCAAUUGAGGACAUUGAUGGAAGGGAUGCUGGUAAUGACUUGGCUGGCACUGAAUAUGUGGAUGAUAUCUACAAGUUCUACAAGCUGACGGAAAAUGAGGGUCGAGUACGCGACUAUAUGGAUUUGCAGCCAGAUAUAAAUGCCAAGAUGAGAUCGAUCUUGAUUGACUGGUUGAUAGAAGUCCAUCGCAAAUUCGAGCUUAUGCCGGAGACACUCUAUCUUACUAUGAAUAUCGUUGAUCGAUUUCUUUCGAUGAAGGUUGUACAAAGAAAGGAAUUGCAAUUGGUAGGCAUUAGUGCAAUGCUCAUAGCAUGCAAGUAUGAAGAGAUUUGGGCACCAGAGGUCAGUGACUUUGUUUUCGUAUCAGACAAUGCCUACGCUAGAGAGCAGGUCUUGGUCAUGGAGAAAGCAAUCUUGAACAAGUUAGAAUGGCACCUAACAGUUCCUACACCAUAUAUGUUCCUCGUCCGAUUUAUCAAAGCCUCUAUUCCAUCUGAUGAUAAGGUGGAGAAUUUGGCGUUUUACCUUGCUGAGCUUGGUCUGAUGCAAUAUCCGACUGCGGUUAUGUAUUGUCCAUCUAUGUUAGCCGCUUCGGCCGUGUAUGCUGCUAGAUGCACCCUUGGGAAAAGCCCUCCGUGGAGUGAGACUCUAAAGCACCACACCGGCUACUCGGAAAACCACUUGAUGAAUGGUGCAAAACUCUUGGUUAAAUUCCACUCAACGGCUGCAGAAAGUAAACUCAAGGCAUUAUAUCGGAAAUUCUCGAGUCCAGAGUGCGAUGCCGUGGCUCUUCUUGCACCGGCAAAAAGCCUUUUGCCGAUACCAAUCCAUCAUGGAGAGUGAUUUACCAGAUGUUUUUAUGACUAGUGGCCGUUAUAUCUUGAUGCAACAUUUAAUGUUCGUCAGAAAGUGUUGUUUUCACCAAUUCUAAUGUUUUAACUUCAACCACCAUGAAGGACUGCAGCUCCUGCCGGCCGUCAAUGGCACAUUGAUGUGUAUAUCUAUUAUUUUCUUCCUUUUAAAUUUUAUUG